CUCCAAGUCAGUUUACGUUCCACCAUCAAAAUGGUCAGACUUACAAAGGAACAAGUGCAGUUCUACAAGGAGAAUGGAUACAUUCACUUGAAGAAACUAAUCAAAGGAAAAGAGCUGGAGCGGAUGUCUGAAGAAUACGACAAGCUGUUCAGUUUGAAGCAGAACAAUAAGAUUGAUGCGGCGUGGGUCGGCACCGACGAGGACAGAACCGGCGGAAACAAUCUAACUGUAAAAGCCAUCCACAAUCUACAGAUGCACAAUGAGGUGUUCGGUAAAUACUUGUACAACGAAGAUCUAUUGGACGCCUUUGAAGAUGUGAUGGGCACGAAGAACAUCGUCUUACAUCAUACGAAGGCUAACAACAAACCGCCAGAGAAGGGAGCUCACUACCCCAUGCACCAAGAUUACCAUUAUUUCCCAUACGAGAAAGAUUCCGUAGUGGCUGCCGCACUCUUCCUGGACGCUGCGACACCUCACAAUGGCACCCUGUUUGUAUAUCCAGGUUCCCACAAGCUAGGACCCCUCGAAGACUUUGGUCCCAAAGAAGGGAGCAACUUCCACUAUGUUGAUCAGAACAAGUUCUCGAUCGAGGGAGCCACUCCUCUGAACGUGGAGCCAGGAGACGUGGUCAUCUUCUCCUACUUCACCGUCCACGGCAGCACACCUAAUCUCUCCUCCAAAACUAGGCGUAUGUUGCUGGUACAAGUCCAUGAUGCUCAUGACAAGCCCCUCACCGGAGUACCGACGUGGCCGGGAGCCGGCUGGGUGCUGCGAGGGUCCAACCUCAACCGUGAUGCUUCCAUAGCUAAGAGAUACGAGGCCUAGUGUUAGUUAUGUUCUUCUAGUGUAAUUAUAUUGUUCUUAAAUUAUUGCUUUAAUAAAUAUAUUCACUCUGCA